AUGGCGGGAGGGAACCCAGAGGAGCCGGCAAAGAAAGAAGUUGCUGCAGCAGCAGCAGCAGCAGCAGCAGCAACAGCAGCAGCAGCAGCAGCAGCAGGGCAUGCAACAGGUAGACAAAGUACAAGCCCUGGGGAGGAAUCACCCGGCGAGGAGCUUUCUUCUGCGGAGGCAACUGCAGCAGCAGCAGCAGCAGAAGCAGCAGCAGCAGCAGCAGCUGUUGCAGCAGGCGUGACGCUGCGGCUGACGCCUGAGGAGGAGGACCUCUUCUCUCUACUGAGCGCAUGUGUAAAAGAAAAUAAUCUAAAUGUUGUGCUACGAGCAGCAGGCGGUUGGGUGCGAGACAAGCUGCUAGGUAUCCCUUCUACUGACAUUGACAUCGCCAUAGAUAAACUCUCCGGCCUUCAGUUUGCAACUGUGCUCGUCAGACAAGAAACAUAUGCAUGCAGCAGCACCAGCAGCAGCAGCAGCAGCAGCAGUGGUGGUGGUGGUAGUGAGGACAGCAGCAACAGCAACAGCAACAGCAGCAGCAGCAGCAGCAGCAGCAGCAAGAAGAAGAGCAGCAGCAGCAGCAGAAUCCCUAGCAGCACACCAUUUGGUACUCCUCUACAGGACGCUGAGCGUCGUGAUUUUUGUUGCAAUUCUUUAUUUUAUAAUAUAAAGACAAAAGAAAUAGAAGAUUAUAAUAAAAGGGGUUUAUAUGAUAUAUAUAACUGUCUCCUUUCUGCUGCUGCUCCUAUACCGAGAGACACACUCAUUGAGGACCCUCUCAGGCUGCUGCGGGCUAUACGCUUUGCUGCUGCUCUUAACUUUCGUCUGGAUCCUUGUCUUGCUGCUGCUGCUGCAGCAGCAGAUGUGCAUGCAGCCCUCAAAGAUAAAGUUUCAAAGGAAAGAGUCGGCAUAGAAAUAAAAAAAAUUUUCUCCAUAUCUAGUAAAACCAUCAACAAACCUUUUGCUGCUGCUGCUGCUGCUGCUGCUGCUCCUGCUGCUGCUGCUGCUGCUGCUGAUGCUGCUGUUGCUGAUGCUGUUGCUGAUGGUCCUGCUGCUGCUGAUGCUGUUGCUGCUUCUGCUGAUGCCGCUGAUGCCACUGCAGAAGCGGCACCAGUAGCAGCAGCAGCAGCAGCAGCGCCUGCAGCAGCAGCAGCAGCAGCAGCAGCAGCAACAGCAGCGGGAGUUGCUGAUGAAUCCGUUGGUGUGUCUGUACAAGAGCAGCAGCGUAAGCUGCUUGAGGGCCCCCUGUAUGGUUGUCUUCGUGGUUUGCUGCUGCUGCUGCAGCUGGGGGUAUGGGAAACAGCAACUGCGCUGCCUGCAGGGUUUGAGGUGUACAGACAGCCGGAGAGCAGCAGCAAGAUAGACAGCAGCAAAACAAAGGGGGGCCUCAAGGCCUAUGCUGAUAUGCUGCAGCAGCAACACGAACCCAUUCAUAUACACACAGAAUGCAGUGAAGGGGGGCCCCGUGGGGCUGCAUGCAUCCUCGCUCUCAGACACAUACUUGCUAGGCGGCAGCUGCUGCAGCAGCUGCAGCAGCAGCAGCAGCAGCAGCAGCAACAGCCAGAGGAGCAGCAGCAGGAGCACGGUGCAGGUGACGCCGGACCAGCAGCAGCAGCAGCAGCAGCAGCAGCAGCACAAGCAGCAGCAGCAGCAGCAGCAGCAGCAGGAAGGGAGGAUAUGUUAGAUAUAUAUGAGGGUUUAUGUAUGGGUGUGAAUAUAAAAGAAGGAGAUGACGUGCUGCGGCAGCUGCUGUUUGCUGCUGCGCUGCACCCAAUGAGGGGCCUUCUUGCUGUUGCAGCAGCAGCACCGAGAGUGAGGCCCCUUGAGGCUGCUGUUGUUGCUGCUGCGUGGAAGCUGCCUACUGCUGAUGCUGCAGCAACAGAAGAGUUUAUAAGAAACGCAGCUCUUAUCAGGAAUGCAGCAGAAGAGGAAGCAAAGCUGCAGCAGCAACAGCAGCAGCAGCAGCAGCAGCAGCAGACGGAGCAGCAGCAGCAGCAGCAGCAGCAGCAGCAGAGGGUUCGUCUGGGUUUGUUAGUGCGUGAGGUGGGGCCCCACUGGAGAGAGGCUUUGCUGCUGGCAGCAGCACAAGUGCUGGGGGAGCUGAUAGGCGAUGGCGUUGCAGCAGCAGUUGCUGCUGCUGCAGCAAAACUUGAUGCAGAGCAGCAAGAAGCAGCAGCAGCAACAGCAGCAGCAGCAGCAGCAGCAGCAGCAAAGGAGGCUUGCAUGCAGAAGAAGAGAGGUAACAAAGGAGACAGCCCCCGGGAGCAGAAGAAAAUGUGCAGCAUAGAGAGAGACACGAGACUGGGCCCCGAAGCAGAAGCAGCAGCAGCAGCAGCAGCAGCAGCAGCAGCAGCAGCAGCAGAAGUUAAAGUUGCUGCUGAGGUGUGUGUGAGGGACCUUGACUGUCUCCUCUUCACCAAAGAGGAGACAGCAAAGGAGACACUUCGUUGUCUCCUUUCUCUUAAGGAGACAAUCGAAGCGCUGCAGCUGCAGCACGCCUGGCGCCUGCAGCCGCUCUGCAACGGCAAACAGGUGGCUGCUGCUAUUCCAGGUCUAUCGGGGCAGGCACUGGGGGCGAUGAUGGAGAAGCAGCGUCUGUGGCAGCUGGCAAACCCAGGCAAGACAGCGGAGGAGUGUCUCCAGUAUUUGGAGUGUAUACACCAAAAAGGAGAGAAGGGCGCAUGA